CUGUAGAUUGUAUAUUUAGGGUCAGUUGUAUCGGACUAAGUCAUGUUAAUAUUGAAAUCGCGAUUUUGACGUGUAAGGUUCAAUGGCUACACCGUGUACGCCAUUAUUUUUCGGUCGCCAAAAUCGCGUUUUUUUCGCCUUAAUCCGGCGCUUUGACGGCGAAAUGUGCCCCAUUUCGCGUCGGUUUUUGCAACUAUAAAUUGUGAGGUCGGAAAAAGCCUAAUUAAAAAAUCGAGUGGGAGUGUCAUAAUUUGACAUUUAAAAAAACUAAAAUUUUCUUUGUUGUCGGCCUGUCCGUUGACCUUGGAUUCCAACCUAUUUGUUUACAUGCUGGAUGGAUGGAAGUUCUUCGAUUUUCUGAAUUAUUGCAGUAUUCAUAAUGGUUGUGGAUGUACCUUUGAGGAGUUUUCAUCACAAAAUGCAGCCUACUGGCAUGAGUCCUCGUGAAUUAUCCGAAAACGAUGACUGGGCUACAUCCCUGGUGCUAGACCCACAUCUCGGAUUCACCACACAUAAAAUGAACCUUCGGUACAGGCCCAUCAAAACCAGCACAGCUGAACUUAAAAGUAUUGUGGAAGAGUUUCAAAAAACUCAGAAUUACGAGAAAGCCUACAACAGUAUUGCCAAGGGAGAAUGGAUGCCCAAAAUCAAGUCCAAAAUCCAGCAGAACAAACUCAAGGAGCAUAUUUAUCGCUAUCUAAGGGUAUUCGACAAAGAGUCGGGUUUCGUGAUCGAACCUUGUUAUCGUUACUCGCUCGAGGGUCAAAAGGGCGCUAAAAUCUCAGCGACGAAAAAAUGGUACAAAAACGACAAAAUCGAAUGUUUGGUCGGUUGCAUCGCCGAAUUGACCGAAGAAGAGGAAAAGCAGCUUCUUCAUCCGGGAAAAAACGACUUUUCCGUGAUGUACAGUUGCCGAAAGAAUUGUGCACAACUCUGGUUGGGCCCUGCUGCGUAUAUCAAUCACGAUUGCAGGGCAAAUUGUAAAUUCGUGGCUACUGGUAGAGACACGGCGUGUGUUAAAGUUUUGCGCGACAUUGAAGCGGGUGAAGAGAUUACGUGUUUCUACGGUGAAGAUUUCUUCGGUGAUAAAAAUUGCUAUUGCGAGUGCGAAACGUGUGAAAGACGCGGAAUGGGCGCUUUUGCGAAAGAAAGCGACAAAAAGGAGGAGAACGGUUACAGAUUGCGCGAAACCGAUAACCGAAUUAACCGGACCAAGCAGAAAAUCACGUGUAAUAAUAACAAAGAGGAACAGUUUGGUGGUAAUCGCGGCGAGGAGAAAAUCGUGGCGCCGUUGAGUAUGAAAGAAUUGAGACAGAAGGGGUUGACGAAGUACGAUGCUGAACUUUUGAUAGCGCAGGGGUGCAAGUUUUCGGAUAUUGGGGAGUUUCCGAGGAAGAACCGGUUAAGUGUGUCGAGUGCGGGUAAUGACAAUAAUAACAAGAAAUCUGAAGUUAAAAAAUCUGUGAUAAAUGAAGAACCGCAAGCCUUGGUUAGUUCGAGGACUUCGAGACUUCAAAGAAGACAGGCGAGACAAGCAAAUCAGGAGCUUAUGCAAACUGCCACUCAUAAUGUGUCGAGAUCCAAUCUUUUAGAUGACUUGCAGAGUAACGCGAGUAGUUGUAUGAGCACUUGUAGCGAUCAAGAUCCAGUUUGUGAUGCCACACAGCAGAAUAAGAAGUUUAAUGACAAACACGAGAGCGGAAAAGGGGUGCCGCAGAUUACAGAUCGCCCCCCGACUCCGGUGCAAACAAACGAGAACGGCAUCACAUUGCGUAGCCACAAAUGCCUCAAUGUCGAAAAAUCUGAGAGUGUAAUGCCGAAAUUGGAACCUCAGGUCGUCUGUAACCAAAACGGUAUUAAACACUUACCAAAACGUGGCACAGCUCGCGUGAAAACCCGUCAUUCGUCGCGUCUCACCAAGUUGAAUAACAAUAUCACUGCCAAUAACGAUAAAGACGUAUACGAGUUCGAGGACGAAGACUCGAAGACGGACUCCUUAUGUCUGCGAAGGAACAGAACGAAAGAAACGAACGGUGAUAAUGUGAUAAAACCCGAAAUUGAUAACGAGGAUUCGAGGGAAAAGUCUGACGAUAAUCAGAACAAUUGGCACGAGGUUAAAACCGAACCGGUUUUCGUGCCGGAGACGACCCAAGUGGAGAAAACACCGGAAAAGUGCGGACGGUUGAAAUUGACGUUGAGGAUGAAACGGAGCCCGGUCUUGGAUGAAGUUAUCGAGUCCGGGAAUAGUCUGAGUGAAGACAGUUUCGAACCGGAGUAUGAAGUGUUGAGAGUGGAGGGCGUAGAGUAUACACCUUUUUCACACCGGAAAAAGAGACAUAAAUCGAAGGACAGGAAAAGGGAUAGGAAAUUAAAACAAAGUGAAGAGGUGACCCAUUUACCAAUGAAGAGAUUACGGUUAAUAUUUGGGAAUGAGAGUCACACGAUCGAUAUCCCGUCCACUAGUUCAAAUUGUCAUACAUGACUUUUUCCGUUCUGAUGUAACACGAUUCCUUUGUUAGUUUUAUUUUUGUAAUUGUACAGCAGGACCUUUUUUAUUUAUUUAUUUUACUAACUUUCUAACGUUUAAGUGAAUUUUGUCUUUUGGAUGUUAGGGUUGUGGCGCACUCGAUCUUCGCUGAGAUUUACAAGUCUUUUAUUUAUUUGGGUGUCUUAGCGUGAAUUGAUCUCAUCAGGUGUUUACAUAACAAUAUGACACACAAGAAGUGUGAUACAACAAUUAGGUUUAUCGUGAAACUUUGCAUAAAAAUCGUUACUUGUGUGAACGAAUGAUUGUGUGAACGUAAUUAAAAGACUUGUAUAUUUAUGAAAAAUGCUAGAUUGAGAGUCGUCAUUCAUAAAAUAGACCGCUGUGAUUCAGAAUGUUAGCGUUAGUGAGACCAAACUACUUUGGUCGGAAGCUUAUUUUUAAUAAAUCGUGUAAAAUGUAAUAUUUUAUUUGUGGUAUUCUUUCAGAACCGACCGGAUGCGUUGUAUUAGCGGUUAGGGGAUUCUAACAAAUAAAAUUUCAGGACUUGUUGCCUUCGUUGUGCAGUAAUAUACAAAAAACCAUUCCAUUUAAACAGAUCAUUAUUUAUUUUAUUUAUGUACAAGGACACAGAUCUUGGUAUAUUUUUGUUGAAUGGGUGCACACACCUUAGAUUAGAUUUUUUCCAUAGUUUUAUUUUCACAAGCAUUUAUCGAAAUGGUGGGUUGAGUGAGCGCCGUACGCUGUUCUAUUACGUUUUUAGAUAAAUUCUUGUUGAAAUUUACUGUUGAAAUUUUAUGAUGUCUGUGGAAAAGUGUAUGCAUCUGUGAAUAAUGUAAUUCAUCGAGAUUGGUGCAUAUUGCACGGUAUUUGUAAAUAUAUUUGUAAUAUGUACGAUAAGAAUUAUGCAUUACUUAAAUUUACCUCAUGUUUAUAUGAAAACACAUCAUCGAUCAUUUCUUACAUUGUUUCGGCGUUGAUCCCCUUAAUGAGUUCCUAAUGCUCCCACAAUUAGUUCAUCUUUGCGUGAAUGCAGUGCAUGUGUGCGUGGAUGUGUUAUGUAUUAAUGUAAGAAAUGAUAACAAUGUACUAAACUGAAUAAAGUUUUAUAAAACCAA